AUGAUGAAAAGAGUUGAAAAUGCGUCGAGUUUGACGCGUGAGGGCAAACGAGCGAGUGAAGGAUUGUGGAUCGAGACACACCAGGAGUACACCAAAGUGGAGAACUAUCUUGACCUGUAUUCGUACUAUCAAGAUAAUAUACCGGACCUCCAGUCAGUGGCGUGGCCAUUUGACCCCUCAACAUCGCCACCGGAAGAAGAUCAAUAUUGGCAGCCGCCUCCUGUAAAUCCCUGUUCCAAGCAAUCCAAAAAAGGCGGGAAGCCUAUUACGAACCUGGCUUGCUUAAGCGCUUACAUGGCGGGGUAUCUUUUGAAACAAGGUGCCCAAUGCCCAACUGGAAACACGCAAUACCAUCCGCACUCCCAUCAUGGCAUGGGAGUUUCAGCUCACCCUCAUUCUCACUCGCAUGGGCAUCCAGGGUCUGGACACCCUGGUCUAUCGCCGUUUGCCCUAGCUGGACACGGGCAUCCUCAUGGGCAUUCUCUUGAACAUGGACUUGCUGGAUUUCCUCAUAUCCGAGUUGCAGAUAGGGCAAGGUAG